AUUUUAUUACGCGUGCUCGAUGAAACUCCAAUCGACGUCGACCAAAUAAUCGCAAAGAAAAUGGCGUGACAAUUGUGUGUUCUCAUGUCAAAAUUAUGAUUAAUGCAAAUUUGGUAGAGUCGGUGAUAAGCAUUCACUGGGAUAAACACGUAUUGUGACGAAACGUACACUUGUUGGAUUCUCUGACUACGCCAUCCUAAAACGAAGAGAUGAACUAUUUUCAAUAAUCAUAACGGAAUCGCAGUGUGGUUAUAUAUCACGCGGUAAAAUAUGACUGACAACAGGCCUAUAGAAGGAGCAGCAGGGAUAAAUUGUGACCCAGCUAUGUCGCAUGUGCCAAAUCCAAACGAGAAUAGACAAGAUCAAGCAAUACCAAGUAGUAAUCACUUUAAUCACUCCACAUUGCCAAGCAUAAAUCCUAGAACAGCAUUUAACUUUGGUGCAAGAACAGCAGAACACUCUAGAAUACUUGCUGAUAAUAUAUCCUCCACGAUUCGUCCUUUCAUACAACAUGCAACACCUAGCAUAUCGUUAACAUCACUCCUGAUGCACGGAUUACAGUAUCAAGUUCGACCAGUCCCGUUGCCAAGCCACAGCUAUGUAAUCAAUUUGGAGGAGCAUCCGACGAAUAGCACAGCUACUCGCAACGAAUCUGUCCGCGAACAUCAUGUGCACGAAGCCACAAACAUGGUCGCGGAGAUGCAAAAUAAUAAUAACAAUAACGCCGCGGAAAAUAGCGUUAUAAACAACAAUGACCAGAUCAGUCCGGAGACUCGUGCGAUGCUGAAACUACUGCAGCAGUACAUUCCCUUUCUCUUCAUUCUCUUCACUAAGAUCUUUUAUGACCACAAAACUGGAAUACUGAUGUUCGUUGUAUUGCUCGUCACGUUUAUGUACGCCAACAAUGGUCUCAAGCGUGAAAUUGCCAAGCAGAGUAACCGGAGUCGCUGGUUACUUCUGCUGAUCCUGUGUUAUAUCACCGCCUGCAUCGCGUUCGUCGCUUACACGCUCGAACUGCAUACACUCGCUCCUUACGCCCAGCCGCUCACGAUAUGGGACUUACUAUGUUAUGUCAUAGUAAUGGAUUUCUUCCUCAAACUUAUAACGAUUGUUUGCAAAGUGCUCCUAACUUGUCUACCAGUUCGAUUACUGGCAUUUCAGAACCGGGGAAAGUAUUAUCUGUUGAUGGAAGCAAUGUCUCAGCUUUAUCGGUGCGUUGCUCCCAUUCAGCCCUGGCUGUAUUAUUUAUUUGAGACGUACCAAGGUCCGGAAAAAAUCGUAGGGAUUCUCUUCUCCUUGACUUAUACUUUUAGCAAAGGGAACGAUUUAUUGCCACGUCUGAAGCUGUUCCGUACUGCUAUAUGGAAACUCUUCCAAAAUGUGAACUUAGGAGUAUCGCCAUCGAAGGAACAGGUGAUCGCGUCCGGCGGCAUAUGCGCUAUUUGCCAUGAGAAAUAUUCCACGCCGGUCAGGCUCCAUUGUAAACAUAUAUUUUGUGAAAUGUGUAUCUCGACGUGGUUGGAUAGGGAGCGAUCGUGUCCGCUGUGCCGCGCGUCCAUCACAGACGAUCCGAUCUAUCGGGAUGGCCAUACAACACACUUCAUCCAAUUGUAUUGAUUGAUUUUCGUAUCUCUUCUUGUACAGUUUUUUAUUACUAUGUAAAAAAUGUAAGUUUCUAUUAACGCAAACAUUCUCCUCAUUAUCACCGGCUACAAUUGACAAGUUCUUGUAUAUGUUGACAAAAUUUAAUCACCGAUGUCAAAUUCAUUAUGUUGUAUAUUCAUAUGUUGUAAAAAAGAGCUUAUAGUUCCAAGUCUAUAAAUAUUUGAACAUACAAUGUUCUAGAAUAAUGGUGGGCACGCGUAUAAAGAUCGUAUAAUAAAUCUUAUAAUUAAAUGGAAAAAUAAUAUUAGAGCAAGAA